AGGAUAUAAAGUGUGAUUGGAGUGAACAUUUAUUUGGCUGAUCCUCAUCAUGAACCGUGCUUUUAGCAGAAAGAAAGACAAAACAUGGAUGCAUACGCCUGAAACUUUAUCAAAACAUUACAUUCCCUAUAAUGCAAAGUUUCUUGGCAGCACAGAAGUGGAGCAACCGAAAGGGACAGAAGUUGUGAGAGAUGCUGUAAGAAAACUAAAGUUUGCGAGACAUAUCAAGAAAUCUGAAGGCCAGAAAAUUCCUAAAGUUGAGUUGCAAAUAUCAAUUUACGGAGUAAAAAUUCUAGAACCCAAAACAAAGGAAGUUCAACACAAUUGCCAGCUUCAUAGAAUAUCAUUUUGUGCAGAUGAUAAAACUGACAAGAGGAUAUUUACUUUCAUAUGCAAAGAUUCUGAGUCAAAUAAACAUUUGUGCUAUGUAUUUGACAGCGAAAAGUGUGCUGAAGAGAUAACUUUAACAAUUGGCCAAGCAUUUGACCUGGCAUACAGGAAAUUUCUAGAAUCUGGAGGAAAAGACGUUGAAACAAGAAAACAGAUUGCAGGGUUACAGAAAAGAAGCAGCAGAAGCAGCAGAUGCUGGAUCCAAGACUUAGAAACAGAAAAUAUGGAACUUAAAAAUAAAGUGCAAGAUUUGGAAAACCAGUUAAGAAUAACUCAAGUAUCCACAUCUUCAGCAGGCAGUGUGACACCUAAGUCACCCUCCACUGACAUCUUUGAUAUGAUUCCGUUUUCUCCAACAUCACACCAGUCUUCGAUACCUACUCGGAAUGGCACACAGCCACCUCCUGUACCUAGUAGAUCUGCUGAAAUUAAACGAGAUCUAUUUGGAGCAGAACCUUUUGACCCGUUUAACUGUGGAGCAGGGGAUUUCCCCCCAGAUAUUCAAUCAAAAUUAGAUGAGAUGCAGGAGGGGUUCAAAAUGGGACUAACUCUUGAAGGCACAGUAUUUUGUCUCGACCCAUUAGACAGCAGGUGCUGAUGUCAAGAACAAGAGAUCCUGAUUCAUGUUAAAUUUGUUUAUAUACAUGUGUAUCAUUUAUUACUUUAAGACAGGUAUUAUACAUGUGCCAAUAUAUUUUUGAUUAUAUUAACUUUUUGAAAGUUAUUUUAGAAAAUUUCCUCUCUUUACUGUUGAUCUAUAACUUUUAUUUUGAAAACAACUUACUGUAUAGUAAAUCACACUUUAUGUUCCUUUCUCUUUCUGUCGUAGAUGAAUUUGUAAUUGAAAGGCAAAUUAUCCAACCAAAUAUCUGCCGUGUUCUAAUAAUUAACAGAUUGAAAUUUGUGUUUGUUCUCCAUGUUUUGAGCUUACUAUUGAUUUCCCAAAAGCCAUACCUUAAUGAUACCUUUUAAAAUCCUCAAGAGAUAUACCAAUGCUAAACUAAAAUUGUUGCAUUUUCAAUCCAAUAAACGUUACCAUUCAUUUCA